UGUGCACAUUGGGAAGAGGCUCACGUUGCAGAAACUACAUGUAAGGUGUGACAUGUAUAGGACCAUAUUGCCUGGUCUGAAACAGUUCCAGCGUGCGCCCCACAGCUCUGCUUCCUGAAGGAGCCAUCCCCCUGUCUUCUCCUCCCAUGCCACCAAAAAGUCCCAUUAGCUGGGGAAAGGGCCAGCCCCCCUCUAAGCCUCUCAGUUCAGUCAGAUUAUUUGAACCACACUCACAACAAGCAAGCCCACCGAAGUAAACUGCAGAAGCACUAAUAAUUGAAACAUUAUUAGGACAUUUUGGGGUGUCCUCAACUCUUUUACAAAGCAUGGCAGAUUUUUUUCCCCCUCAUUUAAACCCCUAGAGGACUAUUAUAAAAGUGAAGUUUAAUUGUAAAACAAGCAGGAGAGGCAAGGCUCAGCCCCAGAAUGUGUGUGUUCCUAUCUAAACCUUUCAGCAGGUUCAAAAUGUUCCCUGCCCCUGAAACCCACUAGAUUUGUUUCCUCUGAGCAUAUCCAGUCUAUUCCAAGCACUGAGUAAACAUGAACUUCAGCUCUUCAGGGAGAAAAGGAAAGACAAAAUUGUCUACUGUCAGUGUGUUACAGGCAUACAGCUUCCACUGAGUAUUCGGCUAACCUCUCUGGCAGGUUGUUUUGGUUUUGCUGUUAAGGUUUCUAUUAGCAGCUUGCAGAGAAAUCACAAAGAGUUUGCAGAGGCCCGUUUGUGCCCUGCUGCACUGCAGAGCUGUGUUGGUAAAGUUCAUGGAUCCCACCUGCUCUGUGCAGUGUCUGUUAAGGGUCACGUGUGCCUGCACUUUGGAGAUAUUCCAUUUCAAGGUGACUUGCCAGAGCAUUCCUUUGCCUCGUCUUUCUCCUCAUUUCAUGUGCAUGCCCACUUCUGCUGCUGCUCAGCAUCAGUGAUAGGACACUGGGUCAGGGCUUGGUCGUCUCAUGUUCUUUGUAGAUAACAAGGAGAGGCGGGCACAUAUCCAGAUGCAGAAAAGAGACCAAGUUCUUUUCAACUGAGCUUGCAAAACUGCAAUCCACUCUUCCUACUGUUCUCACGCUGGACACCCGCCAGGACUCGAGAAGAAAAGGAGCAGAGAGACAAUCCCGCCUUUGUCCCGGGUGGAUUUGUGCUUUCGGCUUUUCCCCACCGAGGACGUCCAGGCUGGCUACAGCGAUGUGGUUCUUGGAAAAGAUCAGAGCAUCCCAUGAAAACAGAAGCCUCCCUUGCCCUGCCUUCCUGGGACUGCCCCCUGGCCAAAACGUGCUAGAAAAAGGCCACCUGGGGGCUGCUGCUUUUCCCAAUGUGCUCACCCCGGACAGAAUCCCAGAAUUCUGCAUCCCCCCCAGGCUGGCCACCUCUGUUCCUGGAAAGGGCCCUGGCUCCCGCCAGUGCCACGGUUCGGAGGACACAGAUCUUAAUUCCUCUGACUGCAGCUCCAGCUCCUCUUUGCCCCAUCUCAUCCAGGUGGAAAGUGCUGAAGAGAUCCCAACCCUGGAGGAAGAAAGCACCAACUCAGACCCACAGUCCCAAGCGGCACUCUCCCUGCCUCACUUCCCCAGAGCCCCCACUUCCUAUGGCUUCUGUACGUUGCUGGAGAGUCCCCACACCAGGAGAAAGGAGUCGAUCUUCCAUGGCGACACAUGCGGUGCUCUGCCCGGCCUGAUGCUGCCUCGAUCCAGAGCUAACACUUUCAGUGACAAAGGGAAUAUGUCUAAUCCUAUUGCUAUCAGCUUUGCUUCUGUAAGGCUGCCUCCUAAGCACCUCUCCCUGCACAGGCAAAGUGCCUGUGACAGCGAUACUGCCUCCUCCAGUGACUCCUCUCCUUUCAGUUCCCCACUUCUCAGCAGAUCGCCUCCCAAACCCUGCUCCUUGGUCAAGACACGAAGCCAAGAGGGAUUGCUCUGCCGAGCACUGAAAGCCAAGAACAAAUCCGGCAUGGCCAGGAACAACUCUCUGUCUACAGAGGAGAGUAGCUCCACUGAUAACAGCCCCAGUGCCAUCAGGCGGGCCUCAGAGGGGCUGCUUGCCACGCGGAGCUUUAGCAUGUCCUGUUCUCCCAUCUUUCCCCUGGACUUUACCCACAGCCGGGAGAGACUGUUGGGAGAGAGCACAGUGGUAAUGGACAAGGGAGGCAUGCUGAGGCUGUCAGCUGAAUACUGCUCAGAAAACGAAAGGCUGCGGAUCCGCCUGAUCAGUGCAGAAGGUUUAUAUGAUGACUCUGUAGACCCCAAAAACAUAAACUGUUGCAUCACCUUCUCCCUGGUACCAGGGAAAACGCAGAAGCAGAGAAGCACUGUUAUAAAGAGAAGCAGGAAUCCCAUCUUCAAUGAGGACUUCUUUUUUGAUGGCGUUAAAGAAGAAGAGCUUCACAGCCUCUCUGUGAGGAUGAAAGCCACAAACAAAGGGUGCAGUAUGAAACGGGAUUACACCUUAGGAGAACGGGAAUUGUCUUUAACGAGCAUGUUGUCCUUGUAA